AUUCGGCGUUGCAACAGCCCUUGUCACCCAUCAGGUGUCCUCCAUACGUGAGCGCACACCGUAACGAUGAGCGGCCGUUACUACACGGCUCUGUGCCUCCUCCAAACCUGUCACGUGCUCUUCCACCUCGUGCAACUCCCCGACGCUCUACCGCCUCCUCUGCCUCCUCCUCCUGCUGCCCUUCAUCGCCACCAGCCAGAACGCGUCGCCAACAGCCUCGUGCCGGAGUCGAACUCGGCGCGCGGGGCUCCGCGGCUCGAGCGAGACGACCCCCCGCCCGCCUACCGGGCGAUGUUGCGGGCGUGGGGGGAAUGGAGGGCGAUGGCGAUGAUGGAGAGCGCGGAGGAGAGAGGGGAAGAAGAGAGGCGGGAGGGGGAAAAGAUUCACGGGAAGUCGGCGCGAUGCCCCGUGCCGCCCCGCGAGCAGCAGCUGUGCGCGCUGCGUCACUUGGCCGAUGACAGCGGCACCGAGCUCCUGGACGCCGAGUCGCCGUUACCAUGGCCGGGAGCUUUGCCUGCCCGCUCGCUCGCUCGCUCGCUGGAGGCGGAGGGCAGGAGGUGGAAGAGGUGCGCCGUGGUGGCGAACUCCGCCUCGCUCCUCGCCGCUGAGAUGGGAGCCGAGAUCGAUUCCCACGACGCCGUCCUGCGAUUCAACACGGCUCCCACCACGGGAUACGAGCGUCACGUGGGCAGCAAGACGACAGUCCGCCUCAUCAACUCAAUGGUGGUGACGCGGAAAAAGUUUAACUUCCACACGGACCCGCUCUACAAAGACGUCAUUCUGGUUCUGUGGGACACUCCUCCUCCCAACUGCGACGUGUCCUUGUGGUACCGCAACAGGAACGCGCCGUUCUUCGACGCCUACGUGGCCCAUCGGCGCCAGCGUCCUGGCCAGCACUUCUACCUGCUGCACCCUCGCUUCGUGCGCGGCGCGUGGGGCCUCGUGCAGGAGAACCUGGGCAUGUGCCACGCCCGCCAGACCCCCACGUCCUCGGGGUUCCUGGGCGUGAUGCUGAUGAUGUCGUUGUGCGAAGAGGUGGACGUCUACGAUUACAUCCCUCCGCAAGGACGCGCCUCCCGCCGUUGUCACUACUUCGAGCCGGGCGAUGACCCGGCGUGUUCCAUGGGGGGCCGUCACCCCAUCACCAGCGAGAAGUUGUUCGCGCUGCGCCUCUCCGCACACGCGGCCGAGCGAGCCUUCAGCAGCGGCCGACUUCACCUGCCCGGCCUCAACAAGCUCACCUGUCCACACUGACCGGCCUCACCUGGUCCACACUUCGCUCCGUGAACUCACCAACCGGUUAAAUCUCAGUUAAUCCAGACACGCCAGCCUUACAUCUACUCUCAGCUGGUUCCAUCAACCAACCAAUCAACCCACCUGCCCUUUGGAACCUCAGCCUGCCCACACUUAGCUCUGUGACACAGUAAAGCAACCAUUUGGCGGCAGGGUGAUGGCACAGAGGUAACGCUCGUGGCCUCACAGCAAGAAGGCUCCUGGGUUCGAUUCCUGACUCGGGCACCUUUCUCUGUAUAGUCUGUAUGUUCUCCCCUGUUAUGGAUGAUUGUCUUCCCACGUUCUUUAGUUUCAUCUCAGAACUAUCGAAAACAUCAUUGGUGUUAGCCAUGAUACGCCUCGAUGCUUAUAACUUACCUGCUAAAGUACACAAUUGGGAUUGCAUAUAACAUCAUCACCCGCUACUGCCAAGAACUUGGCAGGACCCUCCACAGAAAGAGUCUUGAUCUCAGUGAGGCUCUCCUCGUAAGCGAUCAUAACUAACCUCAUCUGCCCAGAUAUCUGCAAUCCAACCAACCAGCAAUCAUGGUGGACACUAUUUAUGGUGGACACCACACAUGGUUGUGCACUGCCCCAUGUGUCCUUGGCUCACGAAGUAAAUGGGCACUAGAACAAAAGCUCGGAGAGGUGAGAUCAGCGCAUUGAAACACAUUCCUCCUGCGGAGGGAGCUGGUAGGAACGUUGGGUUACUCGGUCAAUUGCCAGGGUCAACGGGGGCGUGGUGUAUUCCGCAAAUAUGGCCGACUGUGAGGGCGGGCACAAGCCGGCGUGAGUAGGUUAAACGUUGAGUUUUAUAAGGGCACCACGGGGUGACCAGACCCUCCCCACCCAGCCCCACCCCUCCCACCCCCCACCCAGC